AUGGUGCCAACAAACUUAACUGGAGAAGGAAUCUACAAAACGUUCGAACAACUUUAUUGUUCCAAAGAACUGGCGGCCGGAAAGGUGAAAAAUAAUUUAAUAAUUUUGUGUGUGAUAAAUAUAUUCCUGUCCACUACCGCAUCUCUGGGGAACACUCUGAUUCUAGUUGCUCUGCGCAAGGAAACUUCACUUCAUCCGUCGUCCAAACUCCUUUAUCGUAACCUAGCGAUUACUGAUCUCUGUGUUGGUAUCAUCGUGGAGCCUGUUAUUGUUUUUUACUGGACAUCGCAGGCGAUGGAACGAUGGGAUAUUUGUCGCUACGUUGUUGUUUCAAAGUAUGUGAUCGGCUAUAUUCUGUGUUCAGUAUCUUUGAUGACAGUUACUGCAUUAAGCGUGGACAGACUUCUCGCCUUGUUGCUGGGUCUCAGAUAUAGACAAGUUGUAACUUUGAAAAGAUCAUACGCAAUCAUAACCAUCCUUUGGGUUAGCGCCACUGUCGCUGGAACAAUCUACGUUGUGAACCCAUUUGUAACUCGCUGGAUCGGUAACGUAGCUAUAAUACUCUGUUUGAUCACUUCGAUCUUCUCGUAUUCUAUCAUUUUCUUUACUCUUCGUAACUACCAAAUUAAGCCACAGGAACACGUCUCGCAAGCACCGUCACCUCAAGCUAUUCCACUGAACAUGGCUCGAUACAGAAAGGCAGUAUCCAGUGCAUUAUGGGUGGAAAUAACAUUAGUUGUUUGUUAUCUGCCGUAUGUUGUUGCCGUACUCUUAACGCCUAAACGAGAAUUAUCUUUGCCACAUUACCUUGCUAGACAAUUUGGGAUUACCGUCAUGCACCUAAACUCGUCGUUAAACCCGUUGUUGUACUGCUGGAAGAUCAAAGAAGUUAGGAAAGUGGUGAAAGGCACUCUAAGACAUAUUUUCUGUUCGUUUGUUUAAUUUCUGUGCUUUCAUAUUCUUAUCAUUCCUUUAAGCUGAUCUUCCCCUGCGUUUCUUAUGUUCUUUUUCUUUUUCUUUUCUAUAAAUUUUUUUUUCCGAGCGUUAUAUCUUUUAUUAAUGAGAAAACGAUGCCACGUAGAUUCUCUUCUUUAUAUGUAGGUUUUUAUUAUUUUUAGGUUUAUUGAGGCUAGAAAUAAGUGCUAUUUAGUAAAGCAUUCCAUAAUUUUUGCUUGGUAUGUGUAGUACAAGUAAAGAUUUUAGAGUUUCCCUCGAUUAUGUCUCUUACUUCCUUAGCAUCCACAAAGCGGAACUUUUUUUAUCCGUUAGCAGGUGGGAGAAUGCGUAAUCCUUUUUCGGAAAAGUUACGUUGAAAGACUUUUAUUUGCAAUUUUAUUUCCCUUUCUGCAACUCAAAGGGGCAAAUCUGCUAGAAAAGCGAAACCCAAGGAAGCCCCGAAGAAUACAAGUGACAAUGUUAGUCAAUCUUUAUACAGCCUUUAUUUCAAUAAAUGUAAAUUACGUAAAGACAUUUGACAGUACCGUAUUCAUAACUCAUCACUCCACUAAUUCUUAACUGCGCCAGUUUCUAGUCCUCUUAUUGUUGUAAAUUAUCCCUGAAAGACCCUCAGCGACUAAAUAGUAAGAUACUAGCAUAUUAUGCCUGGUAUUCGUUGGUUCAGUAGAAAAACCAAUUAAAAAGACUAACAACCUCCUCGAAACCCGGCUAUGCGCCUUAAGAUUUAGCAUUGCGGUUAAAUAGGCUCUCAAUAUUAGAAAAUAAAACAGCUGCUGUUAUUAGAAAACCACACGGCUUACUCAAAACGCAACAACAGGAUGUUAACAAACUCAACUGGAGAAGAAAACCCUAAAACAAAUGAACAACUAUAUUGCUUAGCAGAGUUAACUGGAAGGGUACACAUCCAUUUAAUAUUUCUUGCUGUGAUAAAUAUAUUCCUGUCCAUUACCGCAUUCCUGGGAAACACUCUGAUUCUAGUUGCUCUGCGCAAGAAAUCUUUACUUCAUCCGCCGUCCAAACUCCUGUAUCGUAACCUAGCGAUAACUGAUCUCUGUGUUGGUAUCAUCGUGCAACCUUUUAGCGCUGCUUAUUGGAUAUCUGAGGCGAUGGAACGAUGGGAUAUUUGUUUCUACGCCCUACACUUAUCAUCUAUGAUAAGCAGUGUUCUGUGCUCAGUGUCUUUACUGACAUUAACUGCAAUAAGCAUUGAUAGACUUCUCGCCCUGUUACUGGGGCUCAGAUACAGACAGAUCGUAACUUUGAAGAAAACAUAUGUUGUUAUGCUAAUACUCUGGGUCUGCUCCAUUAUCGCUGCAACUAUGUACAUUGUGAACGCGCUUGUAACUUCCUGGUGGGCCAACAUGGUUACAUUUCUAUGUCUCGUCACCUCGAUCUUCUCGUAUACCAAGAUUUUCCUGACUCUGCGUUACAAUUCAAUUCAGCCACAUGAACAAACCUCGCAAGCACAGUCAACCCAAGCAACUCCAAUGAACAUGGCUCGAUACAGAAAGGCAGUAUCAAGUGCAUUGUGGAUACAAGUAACAUUGGUUGUUUGUUAUCUUCCCUACGCUGUCGCGGUAUUUCUAACACCUCAAGGGAAAUUAACUUUACAUAAUUACCUUUCUCGACAAUUUGGGUUUACGGUCAUUUGCUUAAACUCGUCAUUAAACCCGUUGUUGUACUGCUGGAAGAUCAGAGAAGUCAGACAAGCGGUAAAACAGGUGAAAGAGACCCUCAGACAAAUUUGCUGUUCGUUGGUCUAAUUUCUGUGCAACCAUACUCAAUUUAAACUUAUUAGAGGGUAAAUAUUUUCCUCUCUUGCCUUUUUUUAUUUAUUUUUUUUUGCAUGACUUUUGUACUUUUAUUUAUUUAUUUAUCUAUUUAUUUAUGAUGUGCGUGAAACUUAUCUGUUUUGAUUUACAAUAGAAUCUUGGAACAAAAUGCCGGUAAAAAAACAUACGAUGCUUUAGUCGAUUCUCUCUUCCAACUGUAUUUUAGCUUUGUUCUGUUUAUCGAAGCAAGAAUUUAGUGUUUUUAAGAUAAAGAUUCAAUAAUAUGUGCCUCAAUUGUGUGCUAAAGUUAGAGCGCUGAAAAACGCCAGUAAUGAAAAAAGAACAAUGUCCCUCGAUUAUGUUUCCUUCUUUGUAACAUUUAAAACAUUUUUAACACUGACAUGAACAGUGGCCCUUUCAAACAACUGAUUAAUUAAAACGAUGCUUAUAUCGAUUCUCUCUUAAGUUUUUUAUGCUUAUUACGCGUUCUUUAGUUAAAAAAACAAUAAUUUGUGCUGUUAAAAGAUAAUAGGCUCCUUCGAUUAUGUCUUCUUCAUCCUCAUUAUCCACAAAGCGGAAUUUUUCAAUCCGUUAGCAGGUGCGAGAAUGAGUAAUCCUUCUUUCAGAAAAGUUUUUCAGGAAAUUCUUUUUAAAAUUUAUAUUCUGUUACUCAAAGGCAAAUUUGCGAGUAAGUAACUAAGAAAAGCAAAACCCACGAAGGACCCGAAGAAUGCACAAGUGACAAAUUUAGUCUAGUGUUUAUUUCAAUAUUUAAAAAAUGGAAAAGACGUCAAGCGGCAGUGUGAGCUAAAGAAGAGUGGUUAAAAUUGUGACGUUUUAAUUGCUUUUUUGCCGUUGAUUACUUAAUUUCCAUAAAAAUAAAAAUCAGCUCUAAUUACCUCAGUAGCAGGUGACACUGAAGAUACACAACUAUCCAUUCAAAUAUUUGCUCCCUACUCCAAAACAUCUUCAAUCGUCAUGUUUUCAAAAUUGGUUGAAUUCAUAGGUCGAAUUUAUAAGCCGCCCGCCAUUUUUCUUACUACUACUAAAAUACUGUAUAUCCCUACUCGUUCUUUUUUCGCCUUCCUUCCAGCUGAGAUUGAAUUUGAAAUAAUGUCGUUACCAAAUAAAAAAAGUUAUGGGUUAUAUUUUUGUCCAACUUUGUUUCUAAAAUGCACCAGAAGUGCUUUUAGUAGUCCGCUGGCAGAAAUAUUGAAUUUUUCCAUUCAUUUGGGAAAAUAUUAUUCCAAACUGAAAUUUGAGAAAGUGGUCCCUUUUUUCAAGGAGGGCAAUGAUACUGAUCUCAACAGUCAAAGACCUAUUUCCCUCUUACCCAAUUUUAAUAGAAUCUUUGAAAAAUUGAUGUACAAACGACUUGAAUCUUAGUUUAGUAAAUUUGAUCUUAAACUCUUGCCUGGACGGUUUUUGUCGCAGACAUGCUACACAUAAUGCAACUUUGGAUAUUAAUAGCACCAUCCAACCUAACAUGAAUAACAAAUUAUUCUCGUGUGGCAUCUUUAUUGAUCUUAAAAAAGCUUUCGACACUGUAUACUAUAAUAUGCUUUAAAACAAUCUGGAACACUAUGAUAUAAUAAGAGAUAUAUACUCGUAUAGCACAUGGUCAGCUGCCGCCGGUAAUUUCUACAUUAAACACUCAAGAUUAGAAAUACAAAAGUCUUCCUUUUCAAAGCCUUCAUUCACCUUCAUCCACCUUCAUCUACCUCCAUUAGCCUUCAUCCAAUGUCAUCUACAUUCAUUAGCCUUCUUUUACCUUCACCCGCCUACAUCUACCACCAUUUAAUAGUCAGUAUCGUGCCGUCUCAUUAUUCAUUUCUGACUAUUGGCUCUCUUGUCCUUUAAUCUGCAGACAUUAUACAUCACAUUCAAAAAUAAUUUUGCGUUUUAUCGUGUUUUACAUUGUUUUGUUACAUAAAGGCGGAUGAAGAAGGCUAAUGGAGGUAGAUGAAGUUAAAUGAGGGCUAAUGGAGGGAGACGAAAGUGGAUGAAGGUGGAUAACCGCUAAUGGAAAUAGAUGAACGAAGGGGAUUCAGAAGGUAAAGGAAGGCUAAUGGGGGCCGAUAGAUGAAGUGGAUGAAGGUGGAAGUAAAGUAAUGGGGCUGGAUCAAGGUAAAUCCGGAGGGCCUACCGUAUGUAGACAGAUGAAUUGAAAGUCAAUGACGUAGAAUGAGUGUGAAUGAAGGUAAAUGAAGUUGAAUGAAUUAGAAUGAAGGUGAAUGAAAAUAAAUGAAGGCGAAUGAAGGUUAAUGAAAGCGAAAAGUGAAAGGUGUAUGAAGGAAAAUGAGGGGGAAGAAGGUAAAUGAAAGAGAAGGGAUGAAAGUGAAGGAAAUGUAGACUAGACAAAGAUGGAUGAUAUAGACACGCGGUCAGCACGGUUAGCAAUGUUCUUUCAAAAGGCUCAGAGCCAUUCCAUAAUAGCUAGUGCCAUGGUUCGAAGAAGGCAUGUUGGAAAUAGAAGUCUGCAAGUCAUUAUGGGAAAUGAGCGGGAAAUGGGCCACGUGGUCACUUGUUAUACAACCAAAUUAGGUAAAUAACCAUUUCUGUAUUAAAUAACAGUUUUGCACAUUUUUGGAUUUUUAAUCGUCCAUGAUUGUUUAUUUACUGAAUAACCAAUUGUCUAGUUUGUUUAUAAAUAACCAAUUUUCUAUUCUGCCUUCAUUUUGGUUAUUUAAUAAGUAACCAAUUUCACCAAUCUCACAUUUUGGUUAUUUAACAAAUAACCAAUUAAUUUUUCAUUUCGGUUAUUUAGAAAUAACCACCUUUUAACUUUUGGUUAUUUGCUAAAUAACCAAAUUUCAGUUUUGGUUAUUUGUAUUAAAAUAACCAAUUUUAUAUUUUGGUUAUUUAGAAAUAAUAAAACUGUAAUGUGGUUAUUUGUGAAUAACUAGCCUUGUUUUGGUUAUAUACAAAUAACCACUCUAAAUAAUAAAAAUACAUUUGGCGCCCCAUACAGUGUGGCAGGAAGUUGAUUAUUAUUUGGUUUGUAUUAGGGUGUGACAUUCGAAUUUACUUGCGAAGGGUUGUGGAUUUGAACAAUUACUUCAAAUUCGUGUUAACUAUGAUACCUCGGUGAAAGUUAUGUUUCUUAUCAAGAAUUGGAGGCAUCUAAUAGACUAUGAGAGGAAUAUGUGUUAACUUGGUUUGUAAUACCACCUAUGGUUAAAGCUUGCAAUUGUGGAUCUAGGCCGUUUAAUUUAAUUCCUACCUGCAUCUGUCUUUUGAACUCCCACUUGCCAAAAGAAAAUAGUUGGACAUGAAUAUUUACUAACCGUCAAUUACUGACAAUCUCCUAACGUAUUUGUUUCCCUAGUUUGGAAAUUGCAGAUAGGAAACCAUUUUGUAGAACAUGUGAUUAUUUUUUACGACUAACUCAGUUAUGGGGCGCCAUAACCACUUUUUAAGUUUUGGUUAUUUGGUAAAUAACCAAAAACAAAGUUAAAAGUGGUUAUUUCUUGAAUAACCAAAAAGAGAAAUUGGUUAUUUGAAAAUGUGAUAUUGGUUAGUAGUGUAACCAUUCUAAAUAUUUAAAAUACAUUUGGCGCCCCAUAUCACUGGCCACAAAACGCAAGUCAAAUGCUUGGAGAAACUUAAAAAGAUGAAUUGCUAAAUUAAACUUUUCUCUCCAGCAAUUAUAUUGUUCAACUCAUGGGGCCUAAGUCUACGUAAUUACCGCGGUAAUUUAGGUCUAUUCUCUGCAACUAAAUGAAGAAAAAAGGGAGGAUUACGCUAUUAAACUCUGAAUUUUGGUUUUUUACAUAACAAUUCUGGGGACAGGAUAGGACAGGCCAUUAGCAUUCACACGGUGAGUAAGGAUCUUUUCAGUUGGGUGCUUGCUUUUCCUUUAUUAAUUUUCCAAGUUUUUUUAUCUAUAUUUAUUACCAUAGGAGAGUCAUUUCUCCCCGCCCGGCCCCGCCACGUCCAAUCAUAAAAUAUAGAAAAAAAACAAACAAACAGGAAUGUAACACUGAAACUCUAGCAUUGACCAACCCUAGUUUCUAUCUCAUUUCACAUUCACAUCAGACAGCAUUAAUAACUCAUUAGUCUAAUAAUUGUAAAAAGCGCCACAAAGUCUCUCCCCCACUGUUGUAAAUUAUCCCUAAAAAGCCGAGGGGGAUAGGUAAGAAGGUAUUUAAAUUAUGUCAGCCGAUCACUUGUAAAUAGAAAAACAAACCGAAACCCAUCUUCAAUCUGCUCGAACCCGGCCGGGCCUUCGCCGCUCAAAUGCGCUCAGAUAGUUUGGCGAUAUAAGACAGCUCCUCUUAUCAGAAAACCACACAGCUUACAAAACACGAGGCAACAUGAUGUUAACAAACUUAACUGGAGAAGGAAACAACAAAACGAUCGCACAACAAUAUUGCUCAGCAGAAUUAAGUGAAAAAGUACACACCCAUUUAAUUUUUCUGUCUGCGAUAAAUAUCUUUCUGUCCAUUACCGCAUCUCUGGGGAAUACGCUGAUUCUAGUUGCUCUGCGCAAAGAAUCUUCUCUUCAUCCGCCGUCCAAACUCCUGUAUCGUAACCUAGCGGUAACUGAUCUCUGUGUUGGUAUCAUCAUGGAGCCAAUUACUGUUACAUAUUGGAUAUCUCACGCGAUGGAACGGUCGGAUUUUUGUCAAUACGCCAUAUUUUUAGCAUACGUAAUAGGCCAUGCUCUGUUUUUAUUGACUUUGUUGACAAUAACUGCAAUAAGUAUCGACAGACUUCUCGCCUUGUUGCUGGGGCUUAGAUACAGACAAGUUGUAACUUUGAAAAGAAUAUACGUUGCUAUAACCAUCAUUUGGGCUAUCUCCAUUGUCACUGGGACAAUUUACAAUGUGAACUCCCUUGUAGCCUUUUGGUGGUCGAACACAGUUAAAUCACUGUGUCUCGUCACCUCAACCUUGUCUUACACGAAAUUAUUCCUAACUCUGCGUCACAACCAAAUUCAGCCACAGGAAAACAUCUCCCAAGCACAGUCAACCCAAGCAACUCCACUGAACAUCGCUCGAUACAGAAAGGCAGCAUCAAGUGCAUUGUGGAUACAAGUAACAAUAGUUGUUUGUUAUCUGCCGUUUUUUGUUGCAGUAUUUCUAACGCCUCAUGGAGAGUUACCAUUUCCAAAUUACCUUGCUCGACAAUUUGGGGUUACUAUUUCAUUCCUAAACUCGUCAUUAAACCCGUUGUUGUGCUGCUGGAAAAUCAAAGAAGUUAGACAAGCAGUGAAAGAAACACUCAGACAGGUUUACUGUUCGUUUGUUUAA